AUGUCGAUCAAAGAGCCAAGGUCUGCCUUUGACCGCAACCCUCAGCCGUCGCGACCUGCGAGCAUUUUCUCAGCGCAAUCCAUCGAUACGCUUGUCGCUGAUCAGAGCUACCGAGGUUUCCCAUCCGAGCAAGCAUACCUCGAUGCUCUCAAAGAAUGGGCACAAUCAAAAAUGUACUAUGAGUCCGAUGAACAAUUGCAAGGCUUCUACGGCACCAACACACUGGAUGAUAUCCUGAGCAAACAAGGGACAACUAGGGGUGCGAAGAAGCCUGUUCGAAAGCAGAGGAGGGCAACAGUGGCUCCUCAGCUUCCCACGCUCGCCGAGCAUAACGGCAGUGCCACAACGCUUUCGAGACAAAAUUCGGCUGCUGCCGGUGCGGCCACAGCGAAUGCGCCGACGGAAGUCAAAGGCAGCAAACUGAAAAGAGUCUUCACACGGCGCAAAACUAUCGUAUGA